AUGCAUACACCCCAUCUGAUCGGCCAUGGCGGAGAGGGCUACCCUCUCAACAUCCUUUGCCAGCAGCCGUUACUGCAGAUGUAUACGCAAAUAUGCUUCGCAUUUCCAACAUCCGAUUCUUUCGAGACCUCGGCGAUGAUCGAUACUUUGACUGCGGGUCUUCAAAGAUUAACCGACAGUUUUCCCUGGAUCGCAGGCCAGGUCGUAAAUGAAGGUGCAGGGGAAGGCAACACAGGUGUAUUCAAGAUUAGACCACUGGACUGGAUCCCUGCCUUGAUCUUGAAAGAUUUGAGAGCUGAUCCCACGUUCCCAACCAUGGAGGCCAUGGAAACGGCCGGCUUCCCGUUCACGAUGGUGGAUGAAACCGUCAUUGCGCCUCGCAAAACACUGCCAGUGCCAACGGACACACCUGAGAUCUCGCCGGUCCUCGUAGUACAAGCCAACAUCAUCAGGGGAGGCCUGCUUCUUACCAUUGCCGCUAACCAUACUGCAAUGGACAUGACUGGGCAGGGUCAGGUAAUCAGUCUCUUCUCAAAGGCCUGCCGUAAUGAACCGUUCACAAUGGAUGAACUGGCAGCUGGCAAUCUAGACUGCCACACGCUAAUCCCAUUGCUGGAUGAGUCCUACAAGCCAGGAGCUGAGCUCGAUCGUCAGGUUUCUCAACCCCGACCAGUUCCAUCACCCAAUGACCCUCCUCCACCAAAGCUUGAGUGGACCUACAUUCUAUUCAGUCACUCCUCUCUCUCCCAGUUGAAAGCUAUUGCUGAAAAGGACAUCACUCUCCCAUCUGGCAGUUUCAUCUCGACAGACGAUGCACUUAGUGCCUUUAUAUGGCAAGCUGUCAUACGCGCCCGUCUCCCACGUUUCGAUCCCACAGCGAAGACAACAUGUGCCCGUGCUGUGGACGUGAGAAGCUAUCUAGGCGUUCCAAGCAUCUACACCGGCCUUUUGCAAAACGUGACAUACCACUCAUCUACACUGAAGAACCUCACCGAUCAACCAUUAGGGUCCAUCGCCUCAAUGCUCCGUGCAGCUCUGGACGCCAAACUGCCAAACAACUUGGGAUACAGCACCCAGGCUCUCGCAACUGCCCUAAGUCGUACUACAGACAAAAACGUAUUCUCCUUCGCAGGCAAGGUGAACCCACCAUUGGACUUUAUGGUCAGUUCAUGGGCGAAGCUGAACAGCUAUGAUCUUGACUUUGGGCUUGGACUGGGGAAGCCGAGGGGUGUGCGCAGACCGCGAUUCCAGCCGCUGGAGAGCUUGGGCUUCUUGAUGCCAAAGACGCAAGAUGGAGAGAUUGCUGUUGCACUAUGCUUGAUAGAGGAUGACAUGAAGAGGUUGACCGUUGACGAGGAGUUCAAGAAGUAUGGUGUAUUUGUUUGGUAG